AUGGAUUUUGGAAUUCUGAAUUGCUGAAUUUUAGCUUAAACAAUUUCGAAAUUUGUUACAAUCCCACUUUCAAUUGGUGCUUCUCUUCAUGAGUUUAGAAUUAAGCUUCCGUUUUAGUUGCCCAAGAUUUCAUUGUAUUUCUGCUUUCACUUUAGCUUCGUUUGUAGAUUUUAUUUGACAGAAGAGGCACAAAGGAUGAGUCAACUUCUGAAUCUAAACCAGGGAGUUCUAAUAUUAAACAAAUGUAGUUUCCAUGGUCGUCGUAAUGAAAAAGUGAAGUUACAGCAAUAUGGGUCAUUCUCAUUUGUCAGAAAGAAUGUUGUUCCUGAAAGCUGCUAUGGAGUUCAUCCAUCAUUUCAAGGUAGUUGGAAGAGAGUAAACCUGGUUCAAAGCACCAUUGGCAACAAGGUUGACUGCAACAUUAAUGUUCUCUCCCAAUUGAAUUUUUUUCCUUAGGCUUAUAUAUCUAAUGAAUUAGAAUCAGAGGCUUUACCGCAUGUACAAACUCUUAGAAGAUUUCCCAAGGAGGAGCUUUUUGCUAAAGUUGUUAUGGUGAGAUUUGAUUCUACCAUUUUGCUUAGAAACCAACUGGAUCAGAGCUCUGUGUCUGUUUCUAGCGCACUUUACACAAUUAAGUAUUUACAAGAAGCUGGGGCAAAAGUAAUUCUCAUCAGUGACUGGAGUAAGAAGAUUAAUUCAAAACUACUUUCCACAGAAUCUGUUGCAGACAUUUUAUCAUCAGUUCUCCAGCAUAAAGUUGUUACAGUAAGAUGCAUUUCCAGUUCCAUACCAUUGAAAAGGGAAGACCUUGACAAGGGAGACAUUCAUCUUCUUGAGAAUCUUUCUGAGAAUAAAGAAGAAGUUGCCAACUGUUCAAACUUUGCUGAAUUUUUAUCAUCAGGAGUUGAUAUAUUUGUUAAUGAUUCUUUUUCCCAGUCCCAUAAAAUACUUGCCUCAACAGUUGGCAUUUGUCGUUGUUGCUAUGCCUGCAUGGCUGGUUUUCAAUUUGAAGAAAGCUUACAUCAACUAAAGAAGACUGCACAAACUAACAAGAAACCGUAUGUUGCAAUUAUAGGUGGGGGCAAUCUCAAGAACAAGGCAGCUGCACUACAAUUUUUAGCUUCUAGAUGUGAUGCGUUGAUAUUCAUUGGACUUCUGUCAUUUCAAAUAAUGCAUGCUUUGGGACAGUCUGUUCCUUCAUAUUUUGUGGAACAUGGGGCACAUGAAGCAGCUUUGGACAUCAUUGAAUUUGCACACAACAAAAAUGUACCAAUUUUGUAUCCAGAAGACUUGUGGUGCAUGAAUCAACAUAAUCCCAAGAAAGUGGAAAUAUUUCCUUCCUGUGGAGUUUUGGAUGGUUGGGUACCCAUUGAUCUUGGACCCAGGUCAUUGGAUAAUAUAAGAUCUGUGGUUAUAAACUCCAAGAAAAUAAUAUGGAUUGGUCCAAUGAAAUUCAGGUUCUUAAAUCCAUGUUCAAAUGGAGCAUCUAUAUUGGCUGAAAUGCUUUGCAAACUAGGUCAAAGUGGAUGCAAUAUAACUAUUGUUGGGAACAUGGCAUGCAAGGCAAUGAGAAAUCAAUCAUUUGGUCUAUCCUCUUUUGACAUGCUUGAGAAUGCUUCAGUUGUGUGGGAGUUUUUCAAAGGAAGAAAGCUUCCUGGGGUUGUGGCCUUGGAUAGGGCAUAUCCAUUUGAGGUUGACUGGAAUGCUGCCUACAGUGAUCCAGCCUUACCUUUGGUAGUUGAUAUUGGAAGUGGUAAUGGAUUGUUUAUUAUGGGAAUGGCAAGAAAGAGGAAAGACUUAAAUUUUCUUGGUUUGGAGAUCAACGGAAAGCUUGUAAGAUGUUGUAAGGCUUCUGUUCAUCAAUAUGACAUGAAGAAUGGGUACUUUAUUGAAACAAAUGCAACGUCAACCUUUCGAUCCAUUGUUUCCAAUUACCCGGGAGAAUUGGUUCUUGUUUCAGUACAGUGUCCAAAUCCUGAUUUUAACAAACCAGAAAAUAGAUGGAGAAUGCUACAAAGGUCACUAAUUGAAGCAGUAGUGGAUCUCCUUGCAUCUAAUGGAAAGGUCUUCCUGCAAUCUGAUGUAAAAGCAGUUGCAGUGAGAAUGAAAGAAGAAUUUUUGAAAUAUGGAAAGGGUAAACUUGAUCUUGUGCAUGAUCAAUGCAACAGAGAAUUCAGUGGGGGCAUGUGGUUGGAGGAAAACCCAUUUGGAGUUCACUCAGACUGGGAGCAACAUGUCUUAGAUCGAGGGGCUCCUAUGUAUAGAUUAAUGCUUUCCAAACUAACAGAGAAAUAGAUAGCUGGUUCUUGAGAUCUGACUAACUUAUAUACUCAAGGGGGUACCUGGGACAUACUUGAUCAUUAUUGAGAAACUCUACUUUCACGAAAUACAGAUCCAAGCUUUAUAUAAGGUAAGCAUGUUUACCUCUGUUAUUUGUGCAGUGCAUUAUUUCUUAGUAAUGAACUUAAACUCUAUGU